UAUGUACAUACUACAUAUAUACACAGGUGCAUGCAAGCAUGGAUCGCUUUUUAGUAUCGGUUUAGUAUCUUAGUAGUCUGCAGUAGUCUGCCAACCGUAACAGAGGGACUACGUCCGUCAGGUUUGUUACGUGAACAUAAUACGGAUAUCGAGGGAAAACGAGGAAUGUGAAUUUCGUUUCACAGAGAAAUAGAAGGUGUAGCUCCUUGCGAUCGAUCGCGAAAAGCAAGAGCUCCCUCGAUGAAGUGAAUGCCAGUGUCAUUCCCGAAGAUCUGGGCAUGGUGUAUCUCCAGGAAGGGUUAUUCGUAUAAGAUGUCGCUAACAUCGGUACAUUUAACCGAAAAAGAUUUACUGACGAAUAGGUGAAAAUGGAAGAUGAAGCGGACCUGAGGGAACAAUUGUUUCACAAUACCGUACGAGAGAACAUCAUAUUUCUGCUUCUUUUCCUGGUUCUUUACGUCUCCAGUUACGCUUUGAUCGCGAAAUUUCGCCGAAGGGAUCGCGAGGAUUACUUUUCCGUAGACGAAGAUGAAGCUACGGUUUACAGGAUCAGCCUUUGGUUGUGUACCGUCGCUCUGGCGGUUUCCGUUGGGGCAACCUUACUGCUUCCGGUCUCCAUCGCCAGCAACGAAGUUCUCAUUUUAUAUCCGAACAGCUAUUAUGUCAAAUGGUUGAACAGCUCACUCAUUCAAGGUCUAUGGAAUCAUGUGUUCCUCUUCUCGAAUCUGUCCUUGUUCGUGUUUCUACCGUUUGCCUACUUAUUCACAGAGUCUGAGGGAUUUGUGGGAUACAGGAAGGGUGUAAUGGCCAGAGUGUAUGAAACAGUCACAGUUCUUUGUCUACUGGGAACGCUCGUGCUAGGAAUGACAUAUGUUUUAUCAGCACUUAUAGAUCAUCAGAAGUCCAGUCUUCACACAUUGCUCAAUUUGUGGACAUACUAUUUGCCUUUCCUUUAUUCCUGCGUUUCUUUUGUCGGCGUUGUCAUGUUACUGCUGUGUACGCCUGUGGGGUUCGUAAGAUUAUUUGGAGUGGUUGGUUCGUUUCUCGUGAAACCGCAGUUCCUAAAGAACUUAGACGAAGAGUUCUUUGCGUACAGAUUAGAAGAGGAGUGUAUUAGGAGACGAUUGGAGCAUGCGAAAGCAACCGGAAAAUCGUACGUUUCACCAGUACCGAUGUCCAUACCAGCGUGUGGUUCAAUUCUCGAAGACGAUGAACUUCUUAACGUGAACCCGAGCCUAAUGUGUUUAAGGAAUGGUGCUUUGCAACGCGGAUUGUCCCAACGAUUGGAAGAUAUCCAGAAACGGAGAAAAGUGUUAGACCAGCAAAGGCGAACCUGGUGGGUUCGGCGCACUUUGCUUUACCCUUUGGCCAUGCUAGCCUUACUUAUACUUUCCACUGCCACAGCUCUAUUAGCUGUUCAAAACACAUUAGAACUACUCAUCGGUAUAAAGGCACUGCCCUUGAGUACCAGGCAAUUUACUUUAGGUAUCAGUUCAUUGUCGAAGCUUGGUCCCAUUGGAGCAACCGUAGAGGUGGCAGUGAUAUUGUACUUGGCAGCGACAAGCGCAAUAGGCCUGUACGCGCUUCCAGGAGUUAGAAGAGUUCAACCACGAUUUCAUUCCACUCCUCUCACUCAUCUAAUCGCGAACUGUGCCCUACUUCUUGUGCUGAGUUCCGCGUUACCGCUGUUAUCGCGGAUAUUAGGUAUGACGAACUUUGAUUUGCUUGGUGAUUUCGGGCGUAUCGAGUGGCUCGGUAACUUCAAACUAGUAUUGUUUUAUAAUUUAAUAUUUGCCACGGCGGCGAUCGCUUGUCUCGCGACCAAGUUCACGGCGACGGUUCGUAAAGAGAUCUACGCGAGAUUGAGGAGCAGUUUGAUAGGAAUUUUUAAAUGCGAAGGUAAGAAAGGCCCGGUGGGAAUGUUUUCACCGAAGGAAGACUAGACUGACUUAUAUUAUAAAUCAGAAGAAAUACGUAGAAUUUAGCAUUAAAAGAGUAAGUAAAGACUCACAGACAAUUGCGGUAUGUACGUGCGCGAUACGAAAGAUGAAGUUCUAUUUGAAGACUUUAGGAUGAAUAAUGCAGAGUGAGUUAUGCGAAUGAGAAAGUUAAAUUGGACUUCGAUGAAUAUAUAACGCGAGAGGCCAGUUAACGAAUAUUCCUUGUGACACCUAUUCACAUUGUUAUACAUCUCUAUGCGUGUGCGUGUGUGCAGAUAGCUGCAUCGAUUAUUUAUUACACUUGUCGGUAUUUUAAACAUUAUUUAUCGAAAAUAUACAUACCAAUCUUAUGUGAGUUAAUUAACUAUAUUAAUUCACAGCAAUGACAACGCAGUAUUGUGAUAAAGACACAAAAUGUGUGCACGUGUCGAGCAACUACGCGAAUUAUGAUUCUAGCAAAUCAUACAUUCACGUAUGUACACGCAUAUAUACAUACGUAUUUAACGGAUACUCUCUUGCAGUUAACAUGCAGAACAUGUUACGAUAUGUAUUCCACGAAACAUCGGAUUUAAGGUCCAAAUUUAUUAUUGUGUGACUCUCGAAUUUAUUAUUCUCUUCUCCAACGCUUCUUUUUCUUAUAGAAAAUUUCUAUACUACGCUUAUCGUUUUUGGUAAAAGGAAAAUUGUUUGGUUUCUUCCUGAAACUUUGAUUAUUUGCUACCCCUGGAGCAUCUUUUAAAUUGAACAUGCAUAAUUUGCUUUUCCUAUAAAUGUACCUUUGUCGGCAAUUAAGAAGUAUCAUUCUGGGCGGUGCGAGCCCAAUUUAGAACUUGGAUUAAACAAUUUUAUAAAGUAAUAACAUAAAUCUCGCGUAGACUGUGCUCUAUUAUAGUAGUAUCGGUUUAGUAAUUUUGUUUAAAUGCAUUUCAUUGAUAUUGUUUUUUCAACUCUUCAUGACCGUUAUUGCAGGAAUUUGUUAAGGAUUUCGAAUACAAAUGCAUUCGUCGUAUUAGGAAAGUAAAUAAUGCGCAUUUUGAGAUGCAUAUAGACUGCAUAAUGAUAACAUGCAGAAAAUUCAAAUGUUAUCGUCCCGACUGAUUCGUGAUUUGUUAGUUUAUAACUGAAUGCUCGACUCUUGGAUUAUAUAUAUAUAAGUAAAGUUAUUUAUUUACUUCACUGUACUUCACGACUUUCGAUCAAUCGAUUUAAUGUCUACUUUAUAACAUUCGUUAUAUUUCUUUAACAAGUAAACGAAUAAUAUUUUACAAGCAUAUUAUGUGAUAUAUAUAUCUCGUCAAGAAGACAAUACAACGUUGUUGAACUUUGCACACGCAAUGAUGUACUCACCAAUGAACUAUUAACAAAUUUAAUUAGACAGAUACCUCAGGAUUGAAAUUAUUGCUUAAUAUUUGUUACUACAUUGCCACAUUGUGGCUUUAUUUGUAAUAAAUUGAGAUUCUCAUCCGAGAAUUCGCUGUACACUGAUGAUUAUUAAGAGAAUAAAAGAUACUUUAACUUGA